AUGCCUCCAAGCUCUGUUCCUCGACUGACCCCCUCCAAAAAAAUACAGGUAGCAAAUGCCAUCGAGAUUGCCUCGAACCCUGCUUCCGAACAUUCCUUCAAAACACAGGCUUUCGAAUACUUGAACCAGCUCCGCUCGGACCCGUCGGGAUGGCAAGUUUGCUUAGCCAUCUUCACCAAGACGCCACGACACUCGGAUAUCGUUCGGCAUGUCGCGCUCGAGGUCGUCAACAGCGCCGCCCAGGCUGGGAUUAUUGACCUGCCAGGUUUGCAGUAUAUCAAAGAUGGGCUGAUGGAGUAUCUACGCCAAGCAUACGGCAGCGAAGGGUCAACGUCCGACGGCGCCGCUAUCCAGAACAAAAUCGCCCAGACAAUCACCUACCUGUUUUCCGCUCUCUACAGCAACGGCUGGGAGAGCUUCUUUGACGAUCUCCUCGGUCUGGCCUCCACUAACCCCUCCGCCAACCUUCGGGACAACGCCCUAGGCAUCAUUUUCUACCUGCGAGUUGUCAACUCUAUCCAUGACGAAAUCGGCGAUGUGCUAGUUUCACGCUCCCGUGUAGAACAGGAAAAGGCAAACACUUUGAAAGAUUUAAUUCGCCAGAGGGACAUGCAAAAAAUCGUUGGCUCUUGGCAGGACAUACUGACGCAAUGGCAAGACAGCAAUGAUCAGGUUGUGGAGCUGUCCCUCAAGGCUGUCGGCAGCUGGGUCAGCUGGAUUGACAUUGGCUUGGUAGUUAACCAGACUAUGCUGGACUUGCUCUUUCAACAGCUGUCUCGUGCACAAAAAUCUGAUCUACGGGACGGUGAAGAAAAACUCCGAGACGGGGCUAUCGAUGUGUUUACCGAGAUUGUGGGCAAGAAGAUGAAGCCCGAGGAUAAAAUCGAUAUGAUCAUAUUCCUGAAUCUCGAUGGUAUUGUGUCUCAACUCUCCGGCAGCCCGCCUCUGAACGAGAACCGUUUCACCUCCAAAUACGACACCGAUCUUGCCGAAACUGUCGCAAAACUGGUGAAUAUCAUCGUGUCCGAUAUUGUCCGCGUCAUGGACAACGACGGGGUAAAUAUUGAAACAAAAGAAAAGGCAAACACUUUACUUCAAUCUUUCCUAGUACACGUUUUGCGAUUCUUCUCGGACGACUAUGAUGAGAUUUGCUCCACCAUCAUCCCGUGUCUUGUGGACCUUUUGUCUCAUGUGAGAAAGGUUGCCAAGUCUCACCCUGAAACGAAGAAUCAACAUGCACCCAUGUUACUGCCAAUUCUGAAAGCCAUCAUCGCGAAAAUGCGAUACGACGAGACUUCUUCAUGGGGAGAUGAAGACGAUCAAACCGAAGAGGCUGAGUUCCAAGAACUCCGCAAGAGAUUACACGUGAUGCAGCAAAUAAUCGCUGCCGCAAACGAAGAGCUCUAUAUGGAUGCUCUUUCAGAAGUGGUUGGGACGACUUUUGAAAAUCUACGGCAGACAGGCGGUCAAUUGGAUUGGAGGGACCUUGAUCUGGCUCUACAGGAGAUGUAUCUGUUCGGUGAUCUAGCCGUCAAAUCUGGCGGGCUUUAUAAUAAGAACAAACCCAACAGUCCGGCAGCCGAAAGACUAAUCGAAAUGAUGACAAGAAUGGCUGGAUCUGACAUCCGGUGCUUCACCCACCCUGCAACACAGCUGCAAUUUAUGGAGAACUGUGUACGCUAUAGCAGUUUCUUCGAACACAAUACCCACCUUAUCCCUAGUGUUCUAGAAAGUUUUCUCCAAUUCGCACAUCACCCCAUGAAACGCGUUCGAACUCGAUCUUGGUAUCUCUUUCAUCGUCUGGUGAAGAGUGUCAGGUUUCAUAUCGGUGACGUUGCUCAAACGGUAAUUGAAGCCGUGAGAGAUCUAUUAGCCAUUCACGCAGAGCUGCCAUCGGAAACCGAAGAUGGAGACGACAUGUCAUCCGCAGACCAUGAAGGCUCCGCCGAUGCCUUUUUCACAAGUCAACUGUAUCUUUUUGAAGCUGUUGGAUCCCUGUGCUCGAGCCAAGCUAUUCCCGGUGACAAACAAGUCUUGUAUGCACAGUCAGUAAUGAACCCUAUAUUCGCUGACAUGGAGCAAAUUUUGGCCAUUGCCAAGACUGGAGAUGAACGCUCCUUGCUACAAAUACAUCAUGAUAUCAUGGCUCUCGGAACCCUCGCUCGUGGAUUCUUGGACUGGGUUCCAGGCACCAUGGCCAGUAAUAGGCCAUCCACAGUCGAGAUUUCGGACGCGUUUGGCCAAGUAGCUGAAGCUACUUUGGUGGCUUUGGAAUCUCUCAAGACAUAUUUUAAUAUCAGAACCGCAGCCAGAUUUGCAUUUUCCCGUCUUAUUGGAAUCGUCGGGCUCAGAAUUCUUCCGCAAUUGCCCAGGUGGAUUGAUGGCCUGCUCACGGAGACAUCUUCAAAAGAUGAGAUGGCUCUGUUUCUGCGAUUAUUGGAUCAGAUUGUCUUUGGUUUCAAGACCGAGAUCUAUAGUAUUUUGGAUACCCUUCUCACCCCUUUUCUUCAGCGGGUGUUUGCCGGCAUUUCUGACACGACAUCGGGUACUGAUGACGAAAUCCAACUUGCCGAGUUGAAACGGGAAUAUCUCAGCUUCUUGUUGGCGCUGUUAUCAAACGACCUUGGGUCUGUAAUCGUCAGCCAAUCCAACCAAUCAAUCUUCGACACGGUCAUCUCUACUAUUGAACACUUUAUUAGAGAUGUGGAUGAUUAUACCACCGCUAAAAUGGCAUUCACUGUUCUUUCAAGAAUGGCAGUCGUGUGGGGGGGUUCUGAGACAGCUCAGAAUGGUGUCACUGCCUCUCAGGGCGCUAUCCCCGGAUUCAAUCAGUUCAUGUUUACUCGAUUUUCGUCGCUUUGUUGGGUUCUCCCAAGCUCCAGCGGCUUUAACCCCAAGGAUGCUCUGGCAAGGCAAGUACUGGGCGAAGCUGGGGGUUUACAACAAACGAUUUACACCAAGGCUGGCACAGAGUAUGCAGAUUAUCUCCGGAGUCAGGAACUUCCUGGGGUGGGUAUGGGGCCAGAGCUGGUUGAAGAAUAUGUCAAUGCUUUAUCCCAAUUCGAUGCAAAAGGGUUCCGAGCAUUUUUCCUGUCUUUCAUUCAGCGCUUCAGUUCAUAA